UUCGUGAGCAUUUUUAUUAUAAAUCUAAGAGAUACAGCAUGAACUAUGUGCUUGAAUAAUUUAAACAGGAGUUGUAAGCUUGAAUAAUUUUAACAGGAAUUGUGAAACAGUAGAAUAACGGAAACACGUCGCUGGAUGAAGUACUGUAAAAUCAUUUAAUUUCGUGGGUUGAAAAAAAGUUCAUGGUUUUGGUCAAAACAGCAAUUUCGUGGGGAUAUGAAUUCGUGGAUUUCAACUUUUUAACAUAAAAUGAAUGGGAAUUUUACUUGUUCGCUGGUAUUAAAUUUCAUGAUUGACUCAACCACGAAGUCCACGAAAAUUAGUUCCCCACGAAUAUUAAUGAGUUCACAGUAAUUCUGACAUUUUCUGUUUUAAAACUACUAUCUUUCAGUAGGUCGUUGCUCUUGUAACGUAGGUUCAGCACUCUUUGUCGAUUGAAAACAUGGUCAACAUCGAUACAAGUUGUUCUCCAUUGUUCAUUCACGGUUACAAGGCUAGUGUGAUAGAACGGAAACUUACAGAUAUGGGAUCCAUCAGGUCACAGUAAAAUUAAAGUAGAAAGUUAAUGUACUAGUUAUACCAAAACUUCAUGCCGCUGUCAUUUUCCUUCUAAACUGAUCAAAAUAUCUCCGCGACCUAAAAAAAACUUCCAUGUUUGAAAAAAAAACUAUUUUCUUGCAAACAUUUUGCUCAAACAUGCGCAUAUGCACCCAUUUCCGUCAUACAGAAGUUCAUGUUGUACUUUUUCUCUAACAUGAACAAUCAAAUUUACGACAUAUGCAUAUGCAAGUAAAUUGCUUUCGAUGAUUGGGGGACGAGGCACAUGUCCUCGGACCCUCGCUCCCAUCCCCAACGCUCCAAAGGGUUUAGCCUCGGUAUGAUUACCCUUGUGGCUACGUCACAGCAGUUACGAUAUGUUUAACACAUAUUUAGGUUUGUAGCUUUCGUUUGAAUGUGUUAACACGAAGUUAAAUGAUACUGACUUGGAGGCUUUCACCAGAUUGGUUUUGUUCAGUGUUGUUAUAUUUUCUGGUCCUUCGGGAUCAUGGAGUCCACUCAGUAUUCAUCGGCAAUAGAGUUCCGCUUAGGCCGGUGCUAGGGGGCGUGAGGGUUGUUACACUUUCUGCUACCUCCCAUGAACAGACUGCUAAAAACCUGUUCUCCGCAAGUAACUACCAACUUGCAAUCUAUUCUUCCAAAGGAUCUUCUUACAGAUUUUAUUGACAGUACAGUAUUUGCUAAUUAUAGAAUAUAUAUCAAUCUAGUAGCCAUUUUACUAUUUAGUCACUACAUACGGUUUCUCUCAAUCAGCUAGUGCAUCUGUUUUUAUUCAUGUCUAUACUUUAACAAAAGAGCUAACCCGCCAUUUGCCAGUUUACUAGUACGUUAAAAAUACUUGAAAAUAUUUUUAGAUAAGCAUUAAUGUUGUUCACAACAUAUUAGAAUUUCAAAAUUAUGGCAUCACAGAAAGAUAUAUAAUGUUAUUCGUUUUACUGCCUCAUCAUAUACAUUUUUGUAUAUCUAAAAGACAAAAAAGAACACAUAAAAGUUGUUCUUCGAAAACGGACGAAUAUUAUUUAUAAGAAUACAGAGGUUUAGAGUUUUGUUUAUUACUAGAAAAUGACUCGGUACCAAAUCAAUUAUCAACAUCUUUCUUCAUAAUGUUUAAUUAGUGUACAUUUUAUGAAUUUUCAAAAACGGACAGGAGUCAUAAGAUGAUUGAAUUGGUUUGAUGUCAUCGUGUUAUUUUUUUGUUGAAAUUUUGAAACCUUUUUAAAAGCAUGUGCUCAAUUUCAAGCCAAACUUUCAAGAAAGUGCUUGCUGCUGAUUUUAAGUUAUUGACUAAUUAACAAAUGACAUGUAAUAAGUAUGUGGUUGCUAUAAUAAGCCUUAGGCACUAGUCAGGCUACCGAUUAAAUAAACUUUUCUUUUUUUUUGUUCAACAUUUACUGUUAACAUUUUCUGUUAUAUAUUCUGGGUCUUGAGAAGCAAGGGGCAUAAUUAUACAAAAUUUGAAUAGACUCCCGUAGUAGUUAUCUCCCGUGAACAAAACAACGCACUCAUACACAGACAUUUUCAAUUAUGCCUGCAUUUGUUACCGUCAAUGUGAUUAUCCUCUCUGACCGAGUUUUGCACAGGACAUACAGGAUUUAAUAGUUCGUCUUUACAUUGCAGUGGAUAUUUGUUAUGAAAUAACUAUACAUGUAGGCUGUACAGGCUAAGACAGGUAAGAGGAGUUCAGCACGAAAUUAGCGUACAAUGAGUUCUGACGAAUAUGAGUACGAAACUACCACGACAACUACACACGUCAGUUCAAGUAAUAGACGGUACCAAUCCGGGGAGACUCGAACUCGUUUUGUCGUUAUUGGUGUGGCAACUGCUGUCUUCUUGAUAGUUAUAGUCCUUGUUGUCGUUGCUGUUGUUGUCCAGCAAAAGAAAAAGGCGAAUGAAAACAAAGUAACGGAAAGUGAGUGUGGACGAUACAACCUUCCAGCUGGUUUCAACUUUUCCAUGUUGUCUCCGACAGUCAUCUCUAGAAGUUUUAAUUGCCCUUUAAAAGGAGAUUGUUGGACAGGUGAACAGUGCUAUCAAUGUCUCAAACUUGAUACAUGGAAAGUAGGAAAUAUCAACUAUAUACCAGUGUGCUGUGAAGACUGUUUAGUACGUGGCCUUUAUGUUUCAAACAGUGAGUGUAGAUGCCGGAAAUGAAAGAACGAACAAGGGAGAUAAAAGCGCCCACAUACUUCAGCAAACGAGGGGAAAUAAUCUUCAGCGAUUUUACAUAGGAUAAUCGUAUACAUGUAUUAGUAUUCAUGUAGUCAAUGUAUACGUACGCACUUGGAGUCCAGUUGCAACUGCACAUACUACCAUUCGUUUUGAAUUAUACUAACCUCAAAGGCGGAGCGUUGACUAGAUCGAAGCGAAUAUUUAGGAUAACGUGUCGUGAUAUACAUGCGUCUUGCAGGAUUUGCCCAUUGUUUAUUCAGGACAUGUCGGAUCUAUUUUAUAGUUUUAGAACGUCCCUGCUCCGAAAGACGCUAGAAGCGUACACUCGAUUUAUAACUUUUUGUAAAAUAAGAAAUGAAUCUCAGUUCGCAUAAUUUUCUUUUGUGUAUGAAAUAUAUCAGUUGUGGUUAAAAUAGCAAACACACAUAUUAAACGCAUCCAGUUACUGUGUUCUGAUAAGGCCAUCGUACUGUCGUACCGUCGAUCCUCGAUACUACGAUAACAAGUGCGACAGAACGCCAAAAAGAUGCGACAGCACGACAACACCAUCCGACAGGAUGACAAAAUGAUGCCAUUGAACGACAACACGGUGAUGUGACGGCACGAUAACACGGAUGUGAUUAAAAUACAAGUAGAAGUGAAACAAUUAGGCGAUUGCACACUUCAAACUCGCGCAAAAAAAGUAUUUCAUAGCCAAAAGAAAACAAAAAAGCAAUCCCGUGUACUCUUAAAACACAUAACGGCAUAUUACACAUUCCAAAAUAAAAUAGCAAAAGGUUGAAAGUCCCAUUGGCAUUUCAUCACUUCAACACGAAAAGCAUUCUCAUACAUCAAAGGUUCGACAUAUGGUCUCCGAGAUCAAGAAGGUGUGCAAUUGUUG